ACCGCCCAACACUGCUUGUCUAACCAAUCAGCUUUGACGAAGCAUCUCAGUAGGCGGGAUUUAUCCGCUUCUUAGAACGCUGGUGUAGCCAUUUUUCUUGUGACUAAGGCAGAUAGCUGAUUGAGGCUUUCUACAACACUGCUUCAAGGAUGGUCAAGAUCUUCAUUGGGAAUGUCCCUCGGGAGGCAGACAAGGAUGAAAUCCAGGCACUCUUCUCACAGUACGGUGCCGUCACAGAAUGUGCCAUCGUCAAGAAUUUUGCUUUCGUCCACAUGGAUGACCGUAAGUCUGCCACCAAAGCCAUCCGCAGCCUGCACCUCUACAAGUUGCAUGGCACGGCGAUAAAUGUCGAGGCUAGUCGCGGGAAGAACCAGGGAGCCGUCAAACUCCACGUGACAAACGUGGAGAAAGGCAACGAUGAUGAGCUCCGCACUUUGUUCGAGGAGUACGGCACAGUCUCUGAAUGUGCUAUUGUCAAAAACUUCGCGUUUGUGCACAUGGACAACUCUGACGAGGCUUUGGAUGCCAUCAAGGGAUUAGACAACGUUGAAUUCCAGGGGAAACGUAUCCAUGUUCAGAUAUCAAAGAGCCGUCCCAGGUACGAGGAGGAAGAAGACUACCCCCCACCUCAAAGGGGGGGAUACUGGCCCCCCCGUGGCUACCCCGGGGAGAGGCAUGAUCCUCCACCCCCUAGCUAUCUAAGAGGUCGUCACCCACCCCCUCAUCACGGGUACCCUGCCCCCCCUCCACCACCCCCUCCCCCUAGACGAGCCCCGUACCCUGAGCGUGCUUAUGAGCGCGAGAGGGAGAGCUAUGCCGUGGUGGAUUACUAUGAGAAAUACAGGGCUCGUCCUGCCGCUUAUGGCAUAAUGUCCUAUGAUGAGAGGCGUGUAGGCUCCUUACCCCCUCCUCCCCCGCCCCCCUCUUCCAUGGUCAGGGAGCGUUUCAUGGCCUCUGGCCUCGAUCCAUAUGAGCGUCGCCCCCUCCCUCCUCCCCCGUCUGCGUACUACACCAGGGACCGCAGUCCCAUUCGGAGGGCCCCUCCUCCCCCCAUGCCCCCCGCCGGUAACGGUUACUCCUAUGAGCGUUCCCGACUCUCCCCCGUCUCUCGGCCCGCGAUGUACAACCUACCACGUACCAGAGACCCCUACGCCGACAGGUUGCCGCCGCCGCCACCGGCCCGCUAUUACUAAGCAGUGUACACCGGCGUUUGACUCAAGGUUUAAAUAUUUCAACAAGAUCUGCGUCCUCGUCUCCGCCGUCGUCUCCUGAUGCACUCAGCGAUUUACCCCCGUCUGGUUGAGCGCGUUUCGUUCUCCUGCAACACUCUCAGGAGGAAUUGUAAUGCAUGACCCCUCGUCAUCUAAAACACUUUUAUUACACUCGUAUUGUUUUGGCCUUUUUUGUUUUGUAUUUUAUAGUAUUGUGCUUUAGCUACAUUUAUAGUCUCUGGCUCCCAGAAGCCUUUUAGUCAGUCGUUUUUUUUAUUUUACGUCCUUGAUAUACUGUAACGUGUCAUGAUACAAACUUGCUGUUAAAUCAAAUUUCUGAAAUUUGAUGAAUGGAAGCUGCAGCACGUUAUUAUGAAAAGGAUGUUAUUAAUAUCAAAUAAUCGUGACUGUAUAUCGACUUGAAUACGAACCAUCAUGUGUUUCCUUUGAAAUUAAACCACCACGUUUGUUCAAUCUACGUCUGAAAUUAUGACAAGUUAUGGAUUAUGAAAAGGUUGCGCUCUGCGACAAUGUACAACGGCGUAAUAAAACCACUACGACGGACAACAACAAUGGACUAGUUGGUUAAUUUAAUUGGACAAAUAUUUGCUGAUUGUAGCUAGUUUUACCAAGGUGGGUAACGUUCUUGUUUGUCAUCACAGAGGACAUGAUUUUAGUAAAUAAAAUAAACUGAAUUGUAUAGUCAUUUGGAUAUAUUUUUUUCUCUUGUUAAAUCAUAGUCGUGUCACAGAUUCUUAUCAGUGAUUCAAUGGCGGAUGAUCAGUUGCUUCACAAUAUACUUAAACCAUUGAAUCGUGAACGGGGGAUAUAUGCUUGAUUAUGAUAUAUCUAAGAAUCGUCCUCUACCAAUGUGAAAUAACGUUAUCGCUUAUCUCCCCUCGACUUCAAGAGUUCAAUUGUGAUUGAGCAAUCUAAAUCAACCCCUUCACUGCCCAUCAAUUUAUAUAGGUUUCAUGGGUUGGAUUGAUGGGGCUUUAUUGUCAUGUCCCCAGUUCUCACCAUAUUACACUUGGCAUGACUGUUUCUGAGCACCCUUGCUCUGGAAGACUUUGGAGAGAUGUUCUUGGCACAGCCUGCAGUGGCCUAACCAGGUAAGAUGGGAAUCGGGAUCAGUUGUGGGUUGUAUGAAACUAAGGGUUAAAGAUGUGAGACAUUUAGGUACACAGGAGUAGAGGUAUUUUCUGAAUUUAGUACAGGGAAAAGGAAAACAACUUUUUGAUUUAUGCUGAGUGUGGACAGGUAAUAUAGUUGUUAUUCCUUUCCUAACUAAAAAGCAGUAUGUCAAUCAAAUGUCUUUUAAAGGGGAAAUCUGGGUUUCAUUCACAUUUUGGGACUAAAAGUAAUUAUAUAUGUCUAACCAUUGAUUCUUACAGAAUAUAUAGGUUUAAUGCCUCAUGAGCAUAGUUAAACUGUCCUACCCAAAGAAAUGUUUUACAGCCCAAACGUAAGUUUGUUACUCCACUGUUUGUAAAAAAAAUAAAACAUGUUUAAUUGUUAACAAACUAUAGCUUCAAAGUCUGGUUAACUAUUAUUUUGAUCUCAUAGAUAGUCGUUUCAAUAGCUCAGUUUAUGAUUUUCAUUGGUUAGA